AUGAGAGUCAGUAUUUUAAAAUAUGUUCUUUUUUCAAUUGUUAUUUGUUCUUUUGAAUAUGGCAAAAAUGAACUAUACUUUGUAAACGAUAGAGGGAUAUGCCUUGAAAGGAAUGUAAUAAACUUUAGAAAUAAUAGGAUAUUAGCAUAUGCAGAUAACGAAUUUGAUUUGUAUGAUUUUUAUCAAUCAACUUUGAAUCUUGCAAAUCAAGUUAAUGACUGCAAUGGCGAUGACGAAGAAAUAGUACAACUUCGAAAUCUUAUAGAUUCACAUAUAAAGAAGCAUAAAGAAAAUAACACAUUACUUGAUUUCAAAAAUGUAGAUAAUAAGACAAAAAAAAUAAUUAAUGAGUUUCGAAAAGAAUUAGAAGAAGUAAAAAAAGAGUUUGAUAAUAAAAGAAAUGAUGAAUUAGCAAUACAAUCAAUAGAGAAUAAAAAAAUAACAAAAAAAGAUGAAAAUAAUUCUGUAUCAGAGCAUGAAAAUUUUAGACAAUUGGAAAAUUGUGAACAUGUCUUGGGGACAGAAAAUAAUAAGAUCGAUUUAAGUAGUAAUAAUGAAUUAGAAAAUCAUCGAAGGGCAGAUAAAGCGGCCAAAAAAAUAUUGAAGAGAGGACUGUUGUUGAUUGGAAUUUCUAUGAUGGGAAUAUUGUCAGGGACGUUAUCAAUACCAUUUUUGGUUAUAGUUACACUAAUUUCAGCUGACAUAGCUACUAAACUGAAGAAAAUCAUUAAAUUUAAAUUUAAAUAA